AUGAAUUUCUGGUUCCCUGCGGUGGUCAUUUUGGCCGCGAUUGUGGCCUACCUUUGUGUGACCCCUGGACCGAGGAUUUUCGAACAGGACAUCAUUCUUAAUCAACAGGCCAUGCGAUGCUUUCAAUAUGUCACCAAUUUUAGUCGCUAUCCCUCGUGGUUGGACUCAGUCAAGGCUGUCACCUCCGAUGUCGAUCCAUCCAGCGCCAUGGUUGGGACGGAAUUCGAACUUCUUUUCUCAAAAAAUUAUGUUGAAAACAAUAAAAUGAAGGCCGAAGUUCUGGAAAUUGUGGAGGGAAUGCGCUUCGCUAUUGGCUUUAACGAUCUCAUGCAAACGGUGGUGAAUUUUACUGUCAAGAGCUUGCCCAAAGGCUCCUGCAGAAUCACCGUUACAAUGACCUCGAGGAAGAACAAUUUUCUUUCAAACAACUUUAUCAUACCCACAGUACGAAUGUCCUUCUACAACUGGAUGUUAAAAUCCCUGCUCAAAUUGAAGGCGUCGGCGCACUGA